GUGGGGCGUAGGACCCCAAUGGGAGUACCUCGGGAACUAUUCCUGGGAACGUCGUAUCCGCGGAGGCCAAACACCACGCACACACAAGUACAGGUACUGUACCAUGCAUGUGAUGUGACAAGUUGUGUUUGCGGAACGUACUGUAUUCAGUUGUAUUCAAUGCCCUGCAGAACCAGUGGUGGAUAUUCGAAAUUCCUAUGACGGGGGCGAGUCUACCCAUAUGAUAACCGUUGUUGACUUCCCCACACGGUGGUACUCAUGUGCUGUAAUGUAGGAGUGUUGAGCUGAAUAUAUUUGUUAAUUAUUUUCAAUAACGUCAUGGACUGGUGUAAUGUAUCGGCCCGUGUUGUGCAAUGCGCGUUGUGUAAUGAUGAUUGCUCUGCGGUGACAGCUCCCACGUGGGUGCACGCAGGGGGCGUGGCUACGCCGCGGUCAGCCCCGCAGAGUGGGCGGUGACUAAAUUAAAACCCCGCCUCCAGCGAGACAGCUCGCCAAUCAGAGGCUUUAUAACCGACCAGAAUCCCGCCUCAGGGAGGAACCCGAGCGGAAACUCCGCCUUCCCCGCCGGGAAUGUGAUUAACCAGAAGCACCGCCCCCUGCUAGGGAUCUGACCAAUCAGAGGCCAAUAAGCUAUCAAUAACCCCGCUCUCUAGGAGGGACUCAGGCUGGAACUCCGCCCACUGAGAGAUGUCUGACCAAUAAAAGAACCCCUGGCUCGAGCAGAUGCUCUGCCCAUAACGAGGAUUGUGCGAUAGAGGCCCCGCAUUUUACUUGGGAGCUGACCAAUAAGAGAACCCGAGAUCGAUUAAAGGCCCCGCCCCUACGAGGAUCGUGACCAGAGGCCCCGCCCCGGCAAGGCUCCGGACCAAUCAGCGAGCGCGAGCGGCGGCCUGAUCGGCGGCCCAGAUGUCGGAGCGCGAGGCGACACGGCCGCUAUUGGGACUCACGGGGCCGCGGGGCGCGGAGUGCGGGAGCCGCGGGGGCCGUGGGGGCCGCGGGGACCGGGAGGGCCCCGGGGGGCCCCGCUCCUCCCCACACGCACCGGCGUGGCCUCCAGACGGGGACGCAGAGCCGCUCGACUACGAUGGCUGUUCCCACGAGGAGGCGCUCGAGCACACCGGGUUUGGCCGUUUCCACGCCUGGCUUCUGGUGGCCUGCGGCUGGGCCAACGCCAGCGACGCCGUGGAGAUCUUGUGCGUGUCCUUCCUCCUCCCAACGGCGCGCUGCGACCUGCACCUCUCCACCGCUGACAUGGGCUGGCUCACUGCGUGCAUGUUCAUCGGUAUGAUGAUGGGCGGUUGCGUCUGGGGUGCCCUGGCGGACUCGAGCGGCCGCCGCAAGGUGCUCGUCUACUCGCUAGCCGUCAACGGCAUCUUCAGCGCCCUCUCCAGCCUCGCCCCCAGCUUCCUGCUCUUCCUGCUGAUGCGCCUGGGCAGCGGCCUGGGGGUGGGGGGGUCUCUGCCGGUCAUCUUCUCCUACUUCUCCGAGUUCCAGCCACGGCGGUGGCGCGGCGCAAUGGUCAGCGCACUGGCCACGUUCUGGAUGGGAGGAAACAUACUGGCGGCCGGGCUGGCGUGGUUGAUAAUCCCGCUGCCGGCGCUUGGCGUGUGGAGCUGGCGCGUGUUCGUCGCCGUCUGCUCCGUGCCAAGCCUCACGUCGAGCGUCGCCUUUGCCUGCUGCCUCCCCGAGAGCCCUAAGUUCCUCAUGCAGACGGGGCAGGAGGAGGCGGCGCUCGCCGUAUUUCGCAGGAUCUUUACUCACAACCACCGCAGCAUGCCUGGCGCUCGCAGGGCCUUCCCGGUGAGCCGGCUGGAGGUGAGCGUCUCGGACCGGCACGCGGUGAGCAUCCCCUUGGGGAUUCUGGCACAGGUGGUGUACUACUCGCGCAUGAUGGUAGGCCGCCUGCGCAAGAUGUUCUGUGGGUCACUUGGGAGGAGCAGCUGGGCUCUCUCCUCCAUCUUCUUCUCAAUCUCCUUCGGGUACUAUGGGCUGUGGAUGUGGCUGCCCGAGUUGUUCAGGAGGAGCGAGGAGCAUGGAGGCUCUCCCUGCUCUACUCCCCCAAGUAACCACACCGAUGUUGCCAGUGCAGGCAACUGGACAUUGUGUUACCCCGUGAAGACAAUCGUGUACAUGGACGGGUUCAUCACAGCUGCUGCUAACCUCCCUGGGAACAUCCUCAGCAUCCUGCUCAUGGGCCGUGUAGGGGGGCGGCUGCUGCUGGGGGCAAGCCUGCUGCUCUCUGGGGGCUGCGUGUUCCUGCUUUGGGCUGUGUGCACGCGGCUGCAGAGCUUGGCUGCAGCGUGCCUCUUCAGUGCCAUCUCUGUGGUGGCAUGGAAUGCGCUGGAUGUCAUUGGCAUCGAGAUGUACCCCACCAUGCUACGGUCCAGUGCGCUCGGAGUGUUCACCGGGGUGGCACGCAUAGCUGCCAUACUUGCCAGCCUGCUGUUUGGCGCGCUGCUGGAGACCAGCUGCACCGUGCCCAUCUUGCUCAUCGCUGCACUACUUGUGUGCGGCAGCAUCGUGGGGCUGUGCCUCCCUGAGACCAAGAACUCAGAGCUGCAGUAGGGAAGGGUUGUGCGCCUUCUACACCAAUCACUUGCACUUUGACAGUUGUCAGAUUUCCACUUUUGUAAACUUGCCACUCGUUUUUACAUUCCAUGUAAAAUAAAAUCUGAGUGAAUGCGUU